AUGUUUAAGGUAAAGAUUUAAACGCUUUAUAUUUGAAUUCAAUAGAUAACAUCUUAAUGCUCAUACUCAAUUCCAAUAAAUUUCUUUCUUUUUGUAAGUUAAUUCCACCAAAAUGACGCCAUUAUGGUUUUAGAGACUGGAAAUUCACUGUUUAGGUCGAUCACUCUUUUUCCUGUUUCUACAUCUUAUAACCGAUUUUGGCCACCGCUUUAUAACGAUGGUCUUCCCGUCGAUUUUGUCUAAUACCAAUUGAACUUGGCUACUGUACCGGCCGACGUACCAGUAGGGCUGGCAAUUUGGUCCAGGACUGUUUGGUUUACCCAAACCGGACAGUGUAACCCGGACCGAGACCGGAUAGCAAACAAUCCAAUCUCAUAUUCGGGCUUAGAUUUGAGGUAAAAAACCCGGAUAAAGACCGGAUAAGAGACCCCAACACUCAAAUCCCCACAAGCUCAAUCUAAAAUCAAAAUCAAAUUGGGACCGGACCGGGUCAAGACCGGAGUGUAUCCAAUCCAAUCUUUGGUCCUUAUAUUCCCGAAAAGACCGGAAUGGGAUAGGAUCAAUUUGGUCCAAUUUAACCGGACCGGACCGUAUAGCCACCCCUACGUACCAGUAGUUUAGAAUAUCCAAAAGAGCAACAUGUCACUAAAGGGUCGUUUGGAAGUUGAGAUUCUUCAAAUAUGUGUAUUUGAUGAAUACAUCUAUUGUAAAUACAAAGAUUGUAAGAAUUAGAUGAUUGGAAGAAUGUCUUGUUUGGUUGUAGCCAUUCAAAAAUUUUAAAGAAAAGAAAAAAUCACUUUAUGAGCUAAAAGUGAAACAAAUUAAAGCCAACAAUCUCAAAGGAAGAAUCUCACCUUUUUGUUGAGAUUUAAAAUGAGUGAUUGUGGGUGAUAUGAGAUUUGAGGGCCACCUCAAAUGUAUGUAUUGAAUAAAGUUUUGGAACAAAAGAACGAUGGAUUCACCAGAAUACAUGAAUUCAAAGAAUCAUUCAUCUAGAAUCAUAACUUCCAAACAAACUUUUUCAUGGCCGUACAUCCAAUUAUAUCAACCCCUAAAUGCAUGCUUCAACAGAGACAUCUAAAUCCAACUUGCCAAAUCUUGUUUCCAUGACUCUUCAGGGCAAGUUGAUGGUCAAGCAAGGAUUGGAUUUCCAAUCCCCAAACGAGUUGCAUGUCCAAACAUGCUGAAUGGAAUUUUCAUGAUUAUAACCCUUAAAAAGCCCAGUGCAUGCGCCCAUUUCAAUCUCACAACUCUCAACUCCUCAUAUAUUAUAUCAAUAUAGUGUAUUUUGUUUUGCCUGUUUGUGGACAAUGUGUUACUCCAAGACCUCCAAUGGCUCCCUGAAGUACUUUGGUGAAGCUCUAGCUGCCCUGCAAGAUACUCCGAAGGGUAGAGGCCACAAGGACGCAAAGAGGCGAGUGCAGAAUGCCGGAGUGCAGUGUUUGAAGCACCAAACCAUUAUUCCCUUAUUCUUAUGGAGUGGAAGAGAAAGACGUUCCCAUCAUGGUAGCCUUGAGGAGGAUGUUCCCAAAGCUGAUAAUGAGUUCAGGGUCUUUGGGGAAUUGGAUGAAGCAACAAAGGAGGCCAUCAAGAGUGAUGCAAGGGAUAGUGACUACCCUCUGGACUGAGUAUUGUGAGAGAGAAGAUAUGAGUGGAUGGAAUUUUUAGUAAUAAUAAUAGGGGCUUGCUAUUUGCCGCCAACCAAAUUGCUAUUUGCCGCCAAUAAAAAAAAAAAAAAAAUAUAUAUAUAUAUAUACAUAUUAGGGUAAGGAGUUUCACAAUCUACAACAUAUCCAACUUUCAGAGAACAUAUUGAAUCAGAAAAAUUCAACGCUCGCCGGAAAAUUCGCCGGAAAAUCAUCGGGAAAGCCUAUCCUCGACAUAUACUGCGUACACGCAUCAAUGAAUCAUCACUAAGCAGGUGCGUAAUUUUUUUGUAGUUUCGAACAAUUUUUCCGACGAUUUGAAACGAACAGACGGUGGGCCGAAAAUUUCCGGCGGCCGGAACCUGGCCGGGCCGAAAAUUUCCGGUGGCCGGAACCUGGCCGAGCCGAAAAAUUCCGGCGGCCGGAACCAGGCUGAGCCGCAAGAUAUUUUCGGCCCGGCCAGGUUCCAGCCACCGGAAAUUUUCGGCCCGGGCGGCGUGUUCGUCGGCCGGCCGAAAAAAAUUUGCGGCCGCGGCGUCGCCGGGCCGAAAGAAAUUUUUGGCCGGCCGUCGCACCGGCCGAAAAAGUUUUUCGGCCCGACGACGUAUUGGCCGCAGUUUUUUUUCGGCCCGCCCUGUUUUUCGCCGGAAAACUGGAAAACUUGCCGGGAAACUGGAAAACUGGCCGGAAAACUGGAAAACUAGCCGGAAAAAAUAAACUUACUUGUUUUCCGACGAGCUGAGGGCGACGGGAGGUUAGCCGACGACGGAAGAACGGUGCCGGCGACGGAGGCACUGGGCUCGUCAACAGAAGUUUUUGUUGGAAUGAGUCAAAUGUUCAUGGGUAUCCGAAUUUAUAGAAUGAAAGGAAGGAAAGGGAGGGAAAAUUCAAAAUUUGAAUUCAAAUUUUUUUUUUUUUUUGGUUGGCGGCAAAUAGCCGUUCACUAAUAAUAAUGGUAGCUAGCUGGUGUACCAAGUUUAGUAGUGGGCCGGGGUGAACCAAUGAUUUGAUGGUUAGUGGAUCUGAGUAACUUAACUAGCAUUGCAUGGUUUUUAUCAAGUUCAUAUGAAUGAAUUCGAAUAUGUGUUGUGUUUUUUCGAUUUCUUUUUUAAUAUUAUAGUUAGUUAUAUAAGAAUCGAAGAGUAUAAUAUAAAUAUGAAUGAAAAUGUAGUAUAUAAUCAAAAUCCGAUUUCAAAGAAAACAUUCAGUCGAGCCAAAAUCCAAUUGAAUUCAGAAAAUCAUGAUGAACGAUCAUUCUUUUAUUUUGUUGGAAAAACCCUCGUUCAAUACUUGUUUGAUUUUGUUUUAGAAAACAAAAAAAAAAUUGUUGGAAAAACAAUCACGUUUUGGUUUCGGGCUCAACUUCAAUAAGAGGUGUCAAGGAAAAGGCCCAAAAAAUGGGCCUCCGAUCCAAUUCACACAACCCAGUAGGGGAGGAAAUAGAGAGUGCUUCUCUUCUCUUCUCUUCUCUUCUCUUCUCAAGGCUACUAGAAGACACGUGGCACUCACACCGGACAGUCAUCGCCACCCUGAACCUUCUAGCGGGCGGCCCCUUCAAU